GGGGGGGGGAGUGCGUGACGGCGGAGUGCGGACCAGCUUUUGUUCACUCUUCCAUCCUCGGCUCAGAGGAGCAGCUGAGAGAGAGAGAGAGGAGCUCAGCACCUUCCAUGUGGAACUGAGUCCGGAGAAUCCUGUCAGUGUGGCUGCUACAUUCACGAGGCUGCAGUGAUCGGCCGUCAUGGAGCAGAGCAAGGUCACCUCGCUGCUGGACGAUAAGGUGGGCUUGGCGGACAUGGUGCUGCUGGACCCCCUCAAUGAAGAGUCCUUCCUCGAAAACCUCAAGGAACGCUUCAAGCACAACGAGUUCUACACGUACAUUGGCAACGUGGUCCUGUCGGUGAACCCUUACAAGCCGCUGACUAUCUACUCCGCGGAGAAAGUGGAGGAGUAUCGCAACCGGAACAUCUACGAGCUCAGCCCCCAUGUGUUUGCGAUUGCUGACGAGGCGUACCGUUCACUUCGUGACGCUGACAAGGACCAAUGUAUUCUCAUCACCGGAGAAAGCGGAGCAGGCAAGACCGAGGUCAGCAAGUACGUGAUGUCUUACGUGGCUGCCGUGUGCGGUAAGGGCGAGGAGGUGAACAAGGUGAAGGAGCAACUGCUGCAGUCAAACCCGGUCCUCGAAGCGUUUGGAAAUGCUAAAACCAUCCGUAAUGACAACUCUUCGCGCUUUGGCAAGUACAUGGACAUUGAGUUUAACUUCAAAGGGGACCCAGUUGGAGGCAUCAUCCGAAACUACCUGCUGGAGAAGUCUCGCGUGGUUUACCAGCUUCAGGGGGAGAGGAACUUCCACAUUUUCUACCAGCUGCUGGCCGGUGCCUCCCCAAGCCUUCUAGCAUCCCUGAAGCUUCAGCAGAACCCUUCAGUCUACACCUACCUCAUGCAGGGCAAAACUGCCCACGUGGAAGGCCUCAACGACAGCCAGUCCUUCCACACCGUGCAGAAUGCCAUGCAGGUGAUUGGCUUCUCUGACGAGGAGAUAUCCACAGUAUGGGAGGCAUUGGCCGUUGUGCUCAAGCUUGGGAACAUCGUGUUCGUGGACAUCCCGCGCACCAAUGGUCUGGACGAGUGCACCUUGAAGGAGUCCAAAGAAUUGGAUGAGGUGUGCGCUCUGUUGGGACUGGACGACGAGCUCGUUGAAAGAGCGCUCACGAAGCGAACCGUGGAGGCGAACAAGGAGAAAGUGUCGACGACGCUCAACAUGGCACAGGGAAAAUAUGCACGGGAUGCCCUUUGCAAAAACCUCUACAACCGACUGUUCAGCUGGUUAGUGAGUCGGAUCAACGAGAGCAUCAAGGUCAAGUCUAAAAUCAAGAAGAAGGUGAUGGGAGUUCUGGACAUAUAUGGCUUUGAGAUAUUUGAGGUGAACAGCUUUGAGCAGUUCAUCAUAAACUUCUGUAACGAGAAGCUUCAGCAGAUCUUCAUCGAGCUCACCCUCAAGGAGGAGCAGGAGGAGUACAUACGAGAGGGAGUGAAAUGGAUCCAAAUAGAAUACUUCAACAACGCCAUCAUCUGUGACCUGAUUGAGAACCCCCAAACUGGCAUUCUGUCCAUGCUGGAUGACGAGUGCAUGCGUCCGGGCAAUGCGACUGACUCUACCUUCUUGGAGAAGCUCAACGACAUCUGUGGCAAGCACGAGCGCUUCAAGAGCCACAACAGCCUGAGCACCAAGCGCUCGAUCAACAACUCCCUGCUUUAUCGGUGCUUCCGUGUGGAUCACUACGCCGGCAUGGUGACGUACAGCGUGGAUGGCUUCGUGGACAAGAACAACGACCUGCUGUUCCGCGACAUCUCGCAGACCAUGUGGCAGAGCAAGCGGGAGCUGGUGCGCGAUCUCUUCCCUGAGGGCAACCCCAAAAAGCAGUCGCUCAAGCGACCGCUCACAGCCAGCAGCCAGCUCAAGACCUCGGUCAACGCCCUCAUGAAAGACUUACUCAUCAAGAACCCCAACUACAUCAGGUGCCUCAAGCCCAAUGACCGCAAGUCGGGCAGCCUCUUCCAGGACGAUCUGGUGUUGAACCAGGUGCGCUACCUGGGCCUCAUGGAGAACGUGCGUGUCAGGCGAGCGGGAUACGUGUUCCGCCAGCUCUAUGCGCUGUGCCUCCACCGGUACAAGAUGCUCGGCAGCCGAACGUGGCCGCAUUGGAACGGCGAAGCCAAGGAGGGGGUGAAAAGUAUCCUGGUGGACCUGAAACUUCCCCAGGAGGAAUACGCCUUUGGGAUCACCAAGGUCUUCAUCAAGAGCCCCACCACGUUGUUUCAGCUCGAGCGGAAACGCACGGAGCGCAUGCACGAGCUGGCCACCCUCAUCCAGAAGACGUACCGCGGCUACAAGUGCCGUACUCACUUCCUCCUCAUGAAGAAGAGCCAGAUAUUAAUCGCCAGCUAUGUCCGAUCACACCAAGAACGCAAGAGGUACGUGAAGACUCUGGAGUGCAUUGUUCUCCUGCAGCGCAUCGUCCGCGGAUGGAAGGCCCGCAGACUCCUGCGCCACCUCAAGCACCAGAAAAAACUCAACGACGCCGCGACCGUUAUUCGCGCCUACUGGUGUGGCUUUCAGGUUCGACAGCAGGUGAAUCAGAGGAAGGAGCUUGGAAGACGCAAGCAUGCAGUGGCUGUAAUCUGGGCACACUGGACAGGGCACAAGGUGCGGAAGGCGCAUCGGAAGCACUUCAAAGUAAAUGCCGGCAAGAGGAUUUACGAUUUCAUGAUUCUCUGCAUCAUGAGGCGAUACUUCCUGCGUCUGCGGGACUCACUGCCCAAGCUGUCUCCCACGGAUCGCAAGUGGCCUGCCUACCCCAACAUGUUCCUGGUGCCUGCAGACCAGGAGCUGCGACGCAUGCACCACCUGUGGAGGUGCAAGGUCUACCGCAGCAAGUUUGACGACAAGAAGAAAGCCAUCUUCGAGGAGAAACUGUCUGCUAGUGAGCUCUUUAAAGACAAGAAGGAUCUCUACCCAACCACGGUGCCGCAGCCCUUCAAGGGCACUUACCUGGAUAUGACCAAGUACGACAAGCUCGCCACCGCGGUGCCAGGCCCGCACAUCUUUGCCGAGAGUAUUUUGAAGAUCAACCGAGGCAACGGAAAGGGUUCACCACGUCUGGUGGUGCUCACAAAGAAGAAUCUGUUUCUGACAGACAAGUCGGGGCAGGUGAAGUCGGAAAUUGCUUUGAAAGAGGUCACGGGUCUCUCUCUCAGCAGUCUAACAGAUGGCCUGCUGGCUCUACACUUAAAAGAGGGCACCACGGCAGCGGGCAAGGGCGACUUUGUACUGAGCAGUGAGCAUGCAAUAGAGCUCAUCACCAAGAUUCAUCGUGCGGUCAUGGCGAGCAACAAAGAGAAAGUGGAGAUAAAAAUCUCCAACGAGUUUCCAGUGAUUUUUAAGGAAACGCAAGUCAACGUAAGGAUUUCCCCGUCGGGCCAGAGCAACGGAGCUAAGCUGGUGUGCAAGCGGAAGGGCACGGGACUGGAGGUCGCCAUCUAGAACCUCAGCUGCCACAUCAUCUCCUCUUCACACCCGACUGUCGCCCCUCAUUUUUCCCCAUUCCCAUUGCAUCAAAGCUGGCAGAUUUAAGUCAAUGCUAACAGAGAGGGCCAUAACGAGGUCUUAUUUUUUUAAGCAAAUGCAUUAAGCAGGGAUAGAUUGUCAAGGUGCCACAUGAAGAAAUGUCUACUGAGAUGGUUUUUUUUGGAGUUAGUAUUGAAGUCCGAAUUACUAUGGUAAAUGGUUAAACAGCAAAGGCCCUGUCUUUUGCACAUACACAGGGGUGCCUUUUAAAGUUUCUGCCACGGUUUACAUAGAAAUGAACGGCAAGGGAGCAUUGAAGUGAAAAUUUAAAUGGUAGUGCCCUCCACAACUGUCCUGUCGAGACAUUUGUAAAUGAUGGAUAAAGAAUGACAUGUAAUCAUAUAAAAUGUCUAUUUUUGAAUCGUUUUCUAAACGUUGAUAGGCAAAAUAUUAUGAAAAGUAGAUGCAUUUACAUAGCUAUUGCAAACUCAAAUGUCUUUUCAGAACAAACUGCUAUUGACAUUUUAAAAAUGAGGGCUGUUUCUAAAAAAUGCCAAAUUUAAGUCAUGUAAAGGUUCAUGUGUUUUUUAUUGGAUGUAAUUCUGAUUUUAUGUAGAUGUAAAUUAAUUUUCAUUGCCUAUUUUAAGUUGAAAACAUACGUUGAAAAACAUAUUGAAUAAAGUGUAUGAUGACUCUUAUUGAAGAUAGUAAUGUACUUGAUAGAAACUUGCUGCCAGUUUCACAUUGUUCACUUGUUACUGAUGAAGAUUUACUCAAUGAUUAGUACCAUAAGUCGUAUUACUGGUACCAUAAUUGGUAUUACUGAUGUAAUAAUUAAAAUGUUGAACUAUUAUGGAUACGUUCAGAAUGUUUCGUUGGAUAAAUACAGUACGGUUAAUAUUUCUUUAUUAACCUAACAAUUGCAAAAUUAAAGUUAUUUUACGAAUACAGUA